GGCUGGGCCUUUGGUUAUUUACACAUUUUCAAUUUCGUACUGGGCGACUGGGCGUAGGGCGAGCUGAGCUCCCAAGUCGACGUGGCGGGGAUGGCUGCGACGGCCGGCGUCGGCGGUGGUGGAGGGGCUAACGCGGCGGUGGCAGAGCAGAUAGCACAGGCAGUGCGGUCCACCUCCAAUCUCCUCCAGCUCAUGGAGCAGUCCUCCCCCGCUCAGACAUGUUUGGACGUUAUGCUGUUGUUGUUACAAGUACAAGCUAUCAGUUUGUUAACCAAGAUGAUCAGCAGAGGUGUACUUGUGGUCUCAGGUUCACUUGGCAAAACUACCCAAGAACCUGUUGGAAAAAGCAUCCUUUGCAAAGAACACGGAGCAUGUACUGCACCAGCUACCUCAAGUAAUUUCAUCCUUGGAUGCUUAUAUGGACAGGAGUUUGCAAAGUGCAUCUCAAAUUAAGACUGUCACACAGCUCUUGUCAAACAUGGAGAAGACACAGCUGAAGUCCAUGUUGCCUUCCUCUCGAAGGAAGGAAGAUCAGAAGAGUACUGAACCCUUAAGAACUCAGGGUUGAUUGACGUCACCGAGACAUAGUGGAAGGAUAAGCUUUUGCCGUCUUAUGCUAGAGAGAUCUGAGUAUGAUGGUUUGGCUGAUUGGCUCUAUGCAUCUAUCCGGCAUAAGGAUCCAUCGCUGCCUACCGUUUGCGCCACAUUUUAAAAUUUGGUUGGGGAAUGCUGUUAUGGUGUAAUGGAGCUGUUUUUUAUGAGUUGGAGGUGCUACAAGGAAAGCAUGUCUGUUUAUUUGUCGUCCGCUAAAUCAUUUUAACUAAAUUGCGGCAAAUAAAAAAGAACGGAUGGAUUAAUUGCCA